AUGGAUGCGUUGAAUAGUUUCUGUCCGACGGACUCGAAACUGGCCACGUGUUCAGACGACGGCACGAUUAGGAUCUGGGACUUUAUGCGCUGUCAAGAGGAACGAAUACUUCGAGGACACGGCGCCGAUGUUAAAGGCGUUGAUUGGCAUCCAUACAAGUCAUUGAUCGCUUCCGGCAGUAAAGAUAGUCAACAACCCGUCAAACUCUGGGACCCGAAAUCUGGUCAAAGUCUGGCCACUCUUCACGCUCACAAAAACACGGUUACGGACAUCAAAUGGAACCAAAACGGCAAUUGGCUCUUGACUUCUUCGAGAGACCAUUUGAUCAAAAUAUUUGACAUCAGAAAUAUGUCGACAGAAAUGCAGACAUUUAGAGGCCAUAAAAAGGAAGCGAGUUGUCUGUCGUGGCAUCCAAUUCACGAAAGUCUAUUUGCCAGCGGAGGAUCUGACGGAUCGAUUCUGUUUUGGUUAGUCGGAACCGAAAAAGAAGUCGGAGGUAUGGAUAGCGCGCACGACUCGAUUGUCUGGUCUCUAAAUUGGCACCCAUUAGGACACAUACUGACCUCAGGAUCUAAUGAUCACACGUGCAAAUUCUGGUCGCGAAACCGUCCCGGAGAUCGAAUGCGGGAUAAAUAUAAUCUGAAUCUUUUGCCGAAAGGCUCGGAAGAAGCAGAAUAUGACGACGUCGUGACCGCGCCGUCCAUUCCUGGUAUGGGUUUUGGAGAUAAUGAAUACGAAGAGGAAGACGAGGCGCCCAACGGUUCUGCGAUUCCGGGUCUGGGAUUGAGUGACGAGAAUAAGGAACAGCACCGGAAGGUUCCGUACGCUAAACCCAUUCCCAAACAAUUUCAACAGCAAUGGAACGGAGAUUCAAAGUCUGGUCUAAACACUGCUAACCAUAACAAUAAUACUAAUCAACCGAAAGAGUUAUCCAAUCCUGAGUCCCAAACGCCUCCCAAUAUGAUGGGCGGACCGCAUAAUAUGGUCCGAAACUUUACAAACCAAAUGCCGCCGCGUUUUCCGCCCCCGUCUGGACCCAAUUCGCGGCCGUUUAUUCCGCCCCCAGGAAUGGCAUUACAGGGGUCGCACUCGAGCGCUCAGAACAUUCCUAACUUUAUGCCUAUGGGCUCUCGAAUGCCUCCGCCACCGAUGCCCCCAAUGAUACCUCCGAGUGCUCACCAAAUAUCCGAUCAUAACAUACGUCAUGACAAUUACCAUAACAUUCAUAACCAAAAUCAUAGACAAAACAAUUCUAUCGACAGAUCUCUAUCUCCGCGACCGGCGCUAAAUCGAGACACCGAUGAGAGGUUCGCACUAAUGAACCAUUUUGACGAAGACUUAAGACAUUCUCACGACAGACCAUACGAUGAACAACAAUAUGAAGGCAACAGACAAUUCGACGACCGCUCUUUCGGUCACCGCCCAGACGUUCGCUUCAAUGAAAGGGCCGAUAGACGAGACUUCGAUGACAAACGACGCGACGAACCGAUGGAUCGCUGGCGUCGGGAAGAGAACGAAAUGCCUUUCAGACAUUCAGGCAAUGCGGACAAGGAUUUCAGGGGCAGGAAAAGGGGUUGGAAUAACGACACGCCGGCCAAUGAUCAGGAACACAACGACGAACAAAACCACUUUCAACAGACGGGGGAACGCAUGUGGAACAGGAUUUCGCCCAAUCCUACCAACGAUAGAGAUCGCGACCGAAUGCCUGAAGCAGACAUAGCUCUCAUUGGUUUGGCUGUCAUGGGACAGAACCUCAUCCUUAAUAUGGCUGACAAUGGAUUCACUGUGUGUGCAUACAAUCGGACGACUGAAAAAGUGGAUCAAUUCUUGCAAAAUGAGGCCAAAGGGAAGCGAGUGGUCGGCGCUCACAGUAUCAAAGAAAUGGUGGACAAACUGAAGAAACCGCGUCGAGUGAUACUUCUUGUGAAGGCCGGCUCUGCUGUCGACGACUUCAUUAAGCAAUUGAUUCCGCAUUUGGAAAAGGGAGACAUCAUUAUCGAUGGCGGAAACUCUGAAUACACGGACACUCAACGGCGCUGUAAAGAAUUGAAAGAGAAGGGACUUUUGUUCGUCGGCUCCGGUGUUAGCGGCGGUGAAGAGGGCGCCCGCUUUGGGCCGUCUAUAAUGCCUGGCGGACACCCCGAAGCUUGGCCUCAUAUUAAGCCAAUUUUCCAGAAGAUUGCGGCGAAAGCAGACGGCGAGCCGUGUUGUGAUUGGGUGGGAGAGGACGGCGCCGGCCAUUUCGUUAAGAUGGUUCACAACGGCAUCGAAUACGGAGACAUGCAAUUGAUAUGCGAGGCCUAUCACCUGUUGAAGGAUGUGCUCGGUUUGAAUCACGACGAGAUGGCGGACAUAUUCACCGAAUGGAAUAAAACAGAAUUGGAUUCAUUCCUCAUUGAAAUCACACGCGAUAUCUUGAAAUACAAGGACACCGAUGGGAAAGCAUUGGUCUCUAAGAUCUCAGACACUGCCGGACAGAAAGGGACGGGAAAAUGGACGGCCAUCUCUGCGCUGGAUUAUGGCGUUCCGGUCACACUAAUUGGCGAAUCAGUGUUCGCUCGAUGCCUGUCGUCGCUGAAGGCGGAGAGAGUGAGCGCCAGUAAAGUACUGAAAGGUCCACAAAUCAAGUUCACUGGCGAUCGGAAGCAAUUCAUCGACGAUAUAAAGUACGCUCUUUACGCCUCGAAGAUCAUCUCUUACGCCCAGGGAUUCAUGCUUUUGCGAGAAGCGGCCCAACAGUUCAAAUGGAACCUCAAUUACGGCGGCAUAGCGUUGAUGUGGAGGGGAGGCUGUAUUAUACGCUCCGUAUUUCUGGGCAACAUUAAGACCGCGUUCACCAAAAAUCCCAAACUCACUAACCUAUUGGUCGACGACUUUUUUCGCCAAGAGAUCAGCAAAAGCCAGGACUCGUGGAGACGCGUCGUGUCGAACGCUGUCCUCCUGGGAAUCCCGACGCCGUGUUUCAGUACAGCCCUCGCAUUCUUCGACGGUUAUCGUACGGCAACACUUCCGGCGAAUCUAAUCCAAGCGCAACGCGAUUACUUCGGCGCUCAUACUUACGAACUGUUAACAAAUCCGGGAAAAUGGAUUCAUACCAACUGGACUGGAAAGGGAGGCAACGUUUCCGCUUCCAGUUAUAACGCAUAAUAGUUUUAGCGCUUGUUUUUAAUCGUUAAUACAAUUAGCAAUAAUUUUUGUCAACGAAUUCAAA